AGUCCCCAAAGUUCACCAAAAGUUUCCCUUUAGCCCCCGUAACUCCCUACUUAUUAUGAAAAUUCCAUAAAAGUUUAUAAGGUUACAGUUUGAUACCUUAAGUGGCAAGAAGAAACCCGCAAAACUCAAAAGCCCGUUGGAUAUUUUCUCCCGUUUUCCCGAGAAACUAACAUCGAAAAAAUGGCGUCCAUAUCCAUUAACUUCUUGUUCACUCCUCAAGCUCUAGCUCGACCCAGGAUUCGGAAGAUCUCCGCGAAGCCUGCUAAGGUCCCUGGUAGAACCCGAAACCCUAGAAAUGGAAAUCGCCAUCGCCACGUCGAGCUAAAAUCGCGCGACGACGAUAGACCUCAGCCCGCCCCCAUCGCCGGUGGCGAAGCCACUACCUAUACCCGUCUUCCUCCCAGGGAAGAUUUUUCCGAUUUCCCUCUUCCAACUUCUUCUAUCGGGUUCUCUGAAGAAGUGAAGCUAUCCGGGUCCGAUGUUGCGAGGGUCGAGAAAAAAAUCGAACUUUUGGGAGAAGAAGACGAUGAUGACAAUGAAGAAGAAGAAAACGAUGCAGAAAACGAUGAGGAAAUCUGGGGAAAUUACCGAAGGGCUGAUGUGUUUGAAGGAAACUCGGGUUCUUAUGACGAGGAUGAAGAAGAUGAAGACUACGAAGACGAGGUGUUCGACUAUACUGAUGAAACAACAAUGGCUACUAACGAGAGUGAAGAUCACGACAGUGGGAGAUUAGGGUUUGAGGAUGGCGAAAUGGUAAAUAUCUCCGAAGAAGAAGUUAAUGGCGAAGGCAUUGAGGCGAAGGAGAAAGGUGUGCCAGCGGUAAUGCGGUGUUUCGACAGAGCAAAGAUAUACGUCAAAGCCGGGGACGGGGGCAAUGGCGUAAUGGCGUUUAGACGGGAAAAGUAUGUUCCUUUAGGCGGCCCAUCUGGAGGAGACGGUGGGAGAGGAGGAAAUGUGUAUGUAGAGGUGGAUGGAUCGAUGAAUUCGCUCUUGCCAUUUCGUAACAGCGUGCAUUUCAGGGCGGGAAGAGGGGGACAUGGUCAGGGAAAGAUGCAGAAUGGGGCCAAAGGAGAGGAUGUGGUGGUGAAGGUGGCUCCAGGGACGGUGGUGAGGGAGGCAGGAAAGGAGGAAGUGCUUCUGGAAUUGCUGAAUCCCGGGCAACGGGCAUUGCUGUUACCUGGCGGGAGAGGUGGGAGAGGGAAUGCCUCGUUUAAAUCGGGAACGAAUAAGGCGCCAAGAAUUGCUGAGAACGGCGAGGAAGGUCCAGAGAUGUGGCUGGAACUGGAGCUGAAACUUGUUGCAGAUGUCGGGAUAGUGGGCGCACCAAAUGCCGGAAAAAGCACACUUCUGAGCGUGAUAAGUGCUGCACAGCCAAACAUAGCGAAUUACCCCUUCACGACCUUACUUCCCAAUCUUGGCGUUGUUUCUUUUGACUACGAUUCUACAAUGGUGGUUGCAGAUUUGCCCGGUUUGCUCGAAGGAGCACAUAAGGGCUUCGGUUUAGGCCAUGAGUUUCUCCGGCACACUGAGAGAUGCUCGGCACUGGUUCAUGUCGUGGAUGGUUCGGCUCCACAACCAGAAAUGGAGUUUGAAGCUGUUCGUCUCGAACUGGAACUCUUCAAUCCCGAACUAUCUGAAAAGCCUUUCGUCGUGGCUUUCAACAAAAUGGACCUACCCGAUGCAUACGAGAAGUGGCCAUUGUUUGAGGAAAGGCUCCGAGCCCGUGGGAUCGAGCCCUUCUGCAUGAGUGCAGUUCAACAGAACGGCACACAUGAAGUCAUCUGUGCUGCAUAUGAACUCCUGAAGAAGUACAAAGAAGCCGAAGGUGGGUCGGAUAAAGCGAGUUGGAACCUGAACCAUGUAGCCGAGAAGAUAACUAUGCAGCGACGAGCAGCAAUCAACGAGUUUGAGAUCGAACAUGACCGGAGCACCCGAACUUGGCAUGUCACAGGAGCUGGACUGCAACGGUUCGUUCAGAUGACAAAUUGGCGGUACGUGGAUUCAGACAAAAGAUUCCAGCAAGUGCUGGAGGCGUGUGGAGUGAACAAAACACUGAUGAACAUGGGCGUGAAAGAAGGCGACACAGUUAUUGUCGGAGAGAUGGAGAUGGUGUGGCAUGACUCUCCCAAUGGCUCAAGCCCUUCUGGUUCGAACCAUGGCUCCACCGACUCCAUUCGAUGGCCCCAGUGGAAGUGAUUCUUGAAAUUAUACGCUCUCCCAUGUCGGAUUAAAUCAUUUUUUACGUCGAUUAAUUCGCAAUAUUUUGCACGAUGAUUUAAA